AUGACGCAAAUUCAAGAGGUCCGUAAUAAGCUUAUUGGCUCAUGGUCUCUUAUUUCCAGCCGAACAGAGCUUUACGACAGCCCGGAUGUUAAACCAAGUAUUCCCUACACCAUCGGGAAGGAUGCACACGGAAUCAUCAUGUUCUCUCCUGAUGGAUACGUCUCCACGCAACUCAUGAGACCUGGAGCCAUCAAGUGGGAAAGCAAUAAUUUACUGGACGGCACUGCCGAGGAGCUGGCGGAUGCAACUCGGCACUUCUUGGCUUACGCUGGCACGUUUGAUGUUGAAGCCGGAGGAGACGAAACAUUGAUAUAUAUCAGCGAGGACCUGUGA